UUGAUUUAUGUGAUGGUAUAUCAAUACGUCACGUAAUUUCAGCUUUUUCAAGGAUUUUUCAGUAUUUUGAAUAUAUUUAGUGUUAUUUGCUUAGCCAGUUAUGAUUAAAUGAACGUUGUUUUUCACAUUAUUAUCGACAGUAGUGUGUGGCAAAUAUGAUGCAACAUCAAUAUUGGGUAACAAAAAAGACUGUGUUGAAAAAAUUGGGCACCAAAGAAGAUGAAUGUAUCGUCGCGUCCGACGCCGAAUUAGAUGCAAAACUGGAAUUAUUUCGAUCAAUAUCGGACAGUUGUUUGCAAUUACAACGUGUUCUAGAUCAGUACCAGGAGAGACUGUGUAUUUUGGCUCAAGAAGAGAAUUCAUUAGGGAAAUUUCUACGUGAUGCAGGCAAGUCUACCGAUGCUUCAGCAAAACAUAUGGUUUCGGCUGGCAAAGCGGUUUCGUACUCUGGCCAGCAACGUUUAUCAGUCCGACCGCCAUUAUUGAGGCUUUAUCACGAAGUGGAAACGUUCAGAUGUCGUGCUGUUAAAGAUAUGCGGGCUACCGUAUCAGCGAUGGAAAAAGCUCGUAUUGAAUACCGUGCGGCGCUGAGCUGGAUGAAAUCGACGAGUGCUCAACUGGAUCCUGACACCGGACGCGGUCUCGACAGUUUUCGGAAAGCGCAGCGGCAGGUCCGCGAAAGUAAAAAGGCCUUCGAUAAACUUACCUUGGAUGUUCUACAGAAGAUUGAUUUGUUAGCUGCAGCCAGGUGCAACAUGUUUUCUCAUGUGCUGUCUAAUUAUCAAAGUUCAUUCUUGAAUUUUGCAACAAAAGUGGCUCAAACACUAGAAGCCACUGUAGACACCAUGAAUGAAACACCACAGUAUGAGUUCUGCAUAUUGAAGAGCUUGGGAGAAGUUGAUCCCAAUCAGGAAGAGGGUUCUGUGCCAGAUAAAGAUCAAAUGUUGUUCUUUCAGGAUGAAUAUAAAGAUGAACAACCCAAACCUGAAUCUAAAGAUGACAUCGAAAAGCAACCGUCCGAUUCUAAUAAUCAGGAAGAACCAGGCACUUCAUCCAACCUUAUAAAUACAAAAACUGAAAUACCACCAGCUGGAAACAAUAUAAGUUCAGACUUGGCUGGAAUAAGUCUUGAUUGUGGAGACUUGCCAGCAAACUUUGGAAACUUUAUGCCUUCCCAAUUAUUGGAGAAUAUGAAUACCAUGAACUUGUUAGAAGAAUCAAUGACACCUAUUCACGCUAACAACAUUAGACUUCCGAGCCAAUCAGCAAACCAGCCACAACAGCAAGCUGUACCAAAACCUGCACCGAAAAAAGAAGACAAAGCUGCUUGGUUCAAACUGUUUGCCGAGUUGGACCCACUGGCUAAUCCAGACAAUUUGCUUGGCUUUUUGCGAGGUUUCCUGAGUAUUGAGGAUCCUCCUAACAAGGUUUUGGAGGUUCGUUCGGACAAUUACAUCUCCAGACCAAUCCAUUACAGGGAGGAUUCAAUGUUACUUUAUGGUCCAAAAAUUGAUGGCAAAAGUUCGAAGGAUAAAUAUUAUGAAAUUGUUUUGCACAAACCGUAUACGGAAAGCUUAAAUGUUAUGUACAGUUUGUUUCGAUCUGAGAACCGCGAGACUUGUGAAGAAAGAUUCAUUGUAUUCAAAGAAAGAAUACCGCUUUAUAUCAAAAUAACAAAAGAAUGUACAGUAGCAGGUCUACAAAAGAUCUGUGACACAUUGACCGAGCAUCGGUCAUGGUCAGUCGCACACUUGGUGGCACACUUCGGCCAGCAUGAGCUGUUCAAUGAUCCUGACGUUCAGAAACAAAUUAAUGAGGUGGACCCUGCUACAGGAACUACUCCACUUAUGGUGGCUGUAAAAUCAGGAAAUGUACGCAUGGUGCAUACCCUAGUCACGCUAAAGUGUAAUUUGGAUUUUGUUGACAUUGAAGGGAACACUGUCUUUCAUUACGCUGCAGCAAGUAAUAAGGAAAUUAUAAAUGUCCUUGCAGGCCAGACCACAGCCUCCCUGAACCUUUAUAACAAACAAGGCUACACACCUCUACACAUGGCUUGUCUAGCGGACGCGCCCGACUGCGUCCGCGCGUUGAUAUUAGCGGGGGCCGACGUCAACUUGACUGCUGCAGAGAAGAGGACCAUGCUCAGUGCCUCCUACACAAUACCAGGCAUAGUAGGCGAUGUCCUCCAAGACAACCAACCAAAGCUUUUCCAACAAGAUAUGAAACGCGGAGGCACUCCAUUACACUGGGCCGUUUCACGGGAAGUGAUAGAGGCGCUAGUUGACAAGAACUGUGAUAUCAACGCUUUAAACUUUGACGCGAGAACCGCCCUUCAUAUAAUGGUUUUAAGGGGCAGAUUGGAGUGCGCUAUAGCGUUACUAUCGAGGGGAGCAGAACAUUCUACUGGCGAUAAUGAGGGCAAUACUCCAUUACAUUUGGCGGUGAAACAGACUAAUAUAGCGAUAGUACAAGCUUUAGUUGUAUUUGGUGCGGAUUUGGAGAAGAGGAACAAUGCAGGAUUUACAGCGAGGCAUAUUGUCCCUACGGAUAUGUCAAAUAGCAAUUACGAUAAAAUUUUGUAUAUUCUACAUUCGGUUGGCGCACAAAGGUGUACAUCAGACAUCCCGGGUUGCGGGUCGGGCUGCUCGGCGCGGGGGGAGUACAACGGCGUGCCUCCCCCGGCCGUGGCGCGCGCCGCCACGAGGGAACAGAUCAGCGACAUGCUGACCUCUGCUACCAUGGCUAAGGCAUCCACACUCGAAACUAGCGAGAAGCAAGGCCGAUUGCUCUGUUUGGACGGUGGAGGCAUACGAGGGCUGGUCUUAAUCCAACUAUUACUUAACCUAGAAGCUGUAGUGGGCAAACCUAUUGUGCACUGCUUCGAUUGGGUCGCUGGCACCAGCACUGGUGGGAUCCUUGCUUUGGCAUUGGCUUGUGGGAAGAGUUUGAGGGAAUGCCAAAGGUUGUACUUUAGGAUGAAAGAGUUUGCGUUUGUUGGUAUGAGGCCUUACCCUUCGGAAUCUUUGGAGACUAUACUUAAGGAAUGUUUAGGUACUGAAACAGUAAUGGCCGACAUAGACCACCCGAAGUUAAUGAUUCUAGCGGUAUUGGCGGAUCGGAAGCCUGUGGAUUUGCACAUAUUCCGGAACUACCAGUCCGCACAGGAGAUACUCAACAAUUAUAAUGGCACUAGUAGUCCUCACGCGGAGGCGGGAGACAACACUACAGUGGUGUCGCUGCCGUCGCCGCCGCCGCCCGCGGAGCAGCUGGUGUGGCAAGCGGCCAGGGCCACUGGAGCCGCGCCCUCGUACUUCAGGGCUUCGGGCAGGUAUCUUGACGGAGGUCUUAUGGGUAACAAUCCGACGUUGGACGCCCUCACCGAACUAGCGGAGUUGCGACUAGCGUUGGAAGCGACGGGACAACAUGACAAGGCUAAGAAGACAUACCUCAAAGUCGUAGUUUCUUGUGGAACAGGACUGAUUCCAGUGACAAAGUUAAAAGACAUAGACGUGUUUAAACCAGAGAGUUUGUGGGACACAGCGAGACUCGCUUUGGGACUGACUGCAAUAGGAAGUUUACUAGUUGACCAGGCGACGCAAUCCGACGGUCGAGUAGUAGAGCGAGCGCGCGCUUGGUGUAGCGCUCUAGGCGUCCCCUACUACCGGUUCGCACCGCAGAUGUCUCGAGACGUAGCCAUGGACGAAAAAUCCGAUGAGAGAUUAGUUACCAUGUUAUGGGAAGCGCACGCGUAUAUGCGUUCGAAUCGUGAUCGGCUUGCGGAGUUGGCAGCUAUAUUACGUGAUAAUAGUGAUGAGAUCAGAAAGUAAGAUUUCCAAGCACAACUAGCUAUAAAAUGUAGCUUUUUUAGAUUAAAUACUUAAGCUCUCAGGUAUUCCAUUAGAUUUACUAUUUGAGUAAUUAUUAUUAUUUUUUUAUAAUGAAAUGUGGGUAUUAGUUUAUUUAGAGCAUUUCUGUAUAGAAUUUAGUUUAGACGGUAUUAUAUUAUGUAAUGAUCAGGGUCCGGAAUUUUCGUACCACUUUUAAUUUGUCAGAGACUGUCGAAAUAUUUAUUAAACCUCAAAUAGAUUGUUAGGUCCUUAUCAAAAUAUUGGUAACAGCAAUAAUUAUUCUAUUAAACUUUGAUCGCUUGUUUUGAAGAAAGUUUGGUUGGAUUCAAAAUGGUUAACGCCUACGGAGAUUUUUGUCUCAAUCAUUUGUAUGUGAUUACGUAACAGAGACAGUGCUAUACUGAAUUCUUUCUGCGGAUAGAGUUUACGAAAAUUCCGGGCCCAUUGUAAAGCUGAAUGUCAUGUUUGAGGUACGUGUAAGGAAAGUUUCUAUUACUGGUUAUGUUUAACUCCUUUGUAAAAGCGAUUUUAUGCACAGACUUGUAUGGAGAAACUUGAUGACAAGUGCUUGGUAAAAGUAUUGUGUGUAAUAGCCGAAAAUAAUGAUCAAUAUAUCUAUAACUUGUCGAUAGGUUACCUAUGUAUGUGAUUUUUUACAAAGAUCAUGCAAUUUCUGUCAAAUAACGACGUUGCUAAGUAACUUAUCGACAUAUUACAGAUAAGAUUGAUUAAUUACUAUUAAUUUCGGCCAGAAGUGUUGAACUGCCACUAUUAUUAUAUGUGCAAUAUUAUUAUUUCUCUCAGGGCAAAUUUUUCAAUCUCUUAGUAAAAUUUAGAUUGUUAAUAAAUGGUUUAUUUUUUGUUGAAUUCUUAUUAGCAUAAUAAUAUUAUUAUGGAAUUUCGGAAACAACACAAACCAAUUUUAGUGUAUUUGUUAUGUUAGAAAUCUUAAUAACGUAGAAAUUACCUAUUUACGCUUACUUUUCAAAAUUAAAUGAAAUUAAUUAUAGUAGCUAUAAUGUAAUUAAAUAGAAUUUGUUAGACCUAUACAUAUUUUUAAUUGUUUAUUUGUUUUUAUUUAUUAAAAUGUAGUUCUUUACUGAACAAAGAACUUGUGAUGUUUGUUUAUAAAACCAAUG